AUGGGGGAUAAUCAGCUGGACAUGUUCAUUCAGGUUGCGAAGGAGGUUGGAGGGACCUGCAAUCUGGCCCCAAUCCAGCGCCUGGACCUGUUGGUGCGAGAUUGGCAGCUGUCUGGAGCCUACGGCGCGGACGCGGGGCGGGAGUAUCUUGGAGAAAUCACACAGGACCUGGUGAGCAGCCCCAGGUACAUGGAUGAGGAUUUCCGGCAGUACCUGUGUGACUAUGUCACCAGUGUGGUGCACUCAGCAGGGACACACGUCCGGACAGACCAAGCCGGGCAGGUGCCGACGGGGGCUCAGCUGGCUGCCAGGAUCAAGGGCGUCUCACGAUAUCGGAAGACCCAACGCUACGACUUCUCCUCACCCAUGAAGAUGGCUGAGGCGUUUGCAGUGAUGAGACAGGAGUUAAACAGGAGAGCAGUAGAAGCCACCAGGAGGGAAUAUGACCAAUUUGUGCAGGAGCUGGACCGUGACCACCAGAGCACGAGCAGCUGCCUGAGGGUGAAGCCCGUGGAGAUGCAGCGACGCCUGGAGGGGAAACGCCAGGAGCUGCUGGAGCGCUGCCGGGGGGAGCUGCGGGGCGAGGACCCCCAGAAACAGGCGGCCUUGGAGGAGCUGAAGCAGGAGCUGGACAAGCAGAUGGACCAGUUCCUGUCGGCCUACGGGCAGCACUUUAAAGUGAAGAAGGCCGAGUGGUUGGGCCUGUACAUUGGGCCAUCGCCAGGUGCCACCGCGCGCUGGGCACGGGCUCGCCCCCACUGGCCCGCGCACCUGCCAAUCAGCAAACGGCUCCGGCCCAUUGGCUGCCUCUUCAGGAGGCCCUAUUUGUACACCUCCUGA